AUGGAGCAUUUCUUUGACCAAGAGAAAUCCAGAGAACUUUUUGGCACAGCUUCAGAGGGGCUUUACCGUAACCUUACAAAAUUUAAGAACCGCAAGGACGGCGCUCAUUUCUUGAAGACUGUCGAAGAAUUCAAUCAUAUUAUGAAGAAUGAAAAGACUUCAGGGACUGUACAAAAAUACGUGAGACACUAUGGCCACAAGCUUCCAUAUGAGCUUGUGGUUCACAUUUUGCAGCAAGUUUAUUCACGCACAGUGGCUUCAAGGGCAUCGAAACUCAAUCAGUAUGAAGCCUUCUCCAACAACGUUUAUGGCGAAAUUUUGCCAAUUCUGACUAAAGAAUUCAUUCAACGGACGAAAUUGGACCAUACCAAGGUUUUUGUGGAUCUUGGAUGUGGAAUUGGUAAUGUUGUCUUACAAGUUGCGUUGCAGACAGGUGCAGAAUCGUACGGGGUUGAAAUCAUGGAUACACCGGCUAAGUUUUCCAAGAAGCAAGCUAAGGAAUUUGAAGCGCGUUCACGUGCUUACGGACUACACCAUGGUGCUGUUUCUAUGAUUCAUGGAGACUUUCUUGACACCCCUGGAUUACCAGCAAUCCUUGCACGCGCGGAUGUGGUUCUUGUCAAUAACUAUGCAUUCAACUCGGCUCUGAAUCAGUCGUUGUUACAAUUGUUCUUGGAUCUGAAGGAAGGAUGCAAGAUAAUUUCUCUAAAAACUUUUGUCUCACUAGAUCACAAGAUCAAUGUGCGCAACGCAGGCAGUGUUGAAUCGAUUUUAAGAGUGAAGAAGUAUCCUUACUAUACUAACGCGGUCUCAUGGACUCAUAAUGGAGGAGAGUACUUCAUAGCGACUGUAGACCGGUCGGCUGUGCAGGCAUUUUAUGCGAAUGGUGGUGUCACGCUUGAUGACCGCGGUCGGUCAAGUUCUCGUCGCCGCUAA